AGGCUGAAGAGUUAGCAACUGAAUUAAAAAAUCGAAAAAGAAGAAGAGGAGGAGGAGCUCACGGUGUUCAACUAUGGCGAACAGAAGUCGUCAGCCUUAUCAACCUAGAAUCAACAAUUCUUCUUCUUCCUAUUCGUCGCACUCUAAUUCCACCCAAUCAAAAAUUCCAAAACCUUAUAAUCGAAUCUACUCCAAUAAAACCUCCAGCUCUACUUCCAAAACUGGUGAAUUCAGCUGCAGGAUUGAAAAUAGUUAUUACGACGACGGCGAUCAAGAACCCCCAAACCUAAUUGGGACUUGCCCUUUCAUGUGCCCAUUGGAGGAGAGGCAAAGACGCGAGAGGUUGAGGGAUUUAGCUGUGUUUGAGAGGCUCCAUGGAAAUCCUGCUAAAACUUCACCUGCUCUUGCUGUGAAAAAGUUCUGCAGAACUAUAAGCUCAAAGGAUAUGAAAGCCUCUGAUGUCCGGCCUGUUCCUGUCUUGGAGGAAACUCUAAAUUAUCUUCUCGACCUGCUGCAUUCUAGUGAUCAUCCUUUUGAUGUGGUCCAUGACUUCAUAUUUGAUAGGACAAGAUCCAUCAGGCAAGAUCUAAGCAUGCAGAACGUUGUCAGUGACCAAGUGAUACACAUGUAUGAGAGAAUGGUCAAAUUUCACAUUAUAUCAUAUCACCACCUUCACAGAUCAUCUCAGACUCCAAAUACUGCUUCUAUGUCACACCUCAACCUGGAGCAGCUUAUGAAAGCUCUGACAACUUUGUUUAGCUUGUACGAAGUAAAUCGAGCUUCACAUUCGGCAUCUCAAAAUGAAGCUGAAUUUUUUUCAUUAUAUCUUCUUCUCCAUCUGAGUCCUGACAACCAAGCCGAACCUUUAUCCCUGUGGUUUCGCCGCAUUCCUUCCCCGGUAAUGGAGUCAAGAGCUAUGAGUUUUGCCCGGGGAAUAUUGAGAUACUACCGACUUGGGAAUUACAAGCGAUUCAUUUCUACCACAGAAGAGGAAGCAUCCUAUCUCCAAUACUGCAUUGUCGAACCUUACAUCAGUGAGGUACGGAAGUUGGCAUUAUCCUGUAUCAGUUAUGGAGGAUACAAGCUGCAACCAUACCCAGUGGAACACUUGUCAAAGAUUCUAAUGAUGAAGGAAUCUGAUGUUGAAGCUCUUUCGGUUGAUUGCGCCCUUGAAACAUCUGAUAUUGGAACUGGGAAAGGACUUGUUUCUUCCAAGCAAGCAGUCAUAAAUAAAACCUCAAAAGAGUACAAGAAGUACUAUGAAUUAGAUUCGUCGAGAAUACAAAGGUUGUGCGCUGAGCUGCUCGCGUUGUAACAACUGCAAAUCGCAACCAGAAUUGACUUCCACAGUUCCACAUUUGGAUUCUUCGGAGGAAGUGUGAAUAUUUUUUUGUAAUAUUUAUCAUUUUAGAAUAUUUUGAAUUAAUUGUUGGGCAUUUCCAAAGAGUUGUAUACGUAAUGUGAUUAUUAAUAUAAAAUAAAGAGUUACUUUAAAUAUUUGAUUCUAAA